AUGUCUCCUCCGAGAGCCAACUCGGGCCAAGAAAGGGAGUCCAAUCUGGCCAGACUGCUAGGUUCAGGAUCCGCCGGCAUUGCCGAAUUGGCCAUUUUCCACCCAGUCGACACUAUUGCGAAACGAUUGAUGAGCAACCAGACUCGGAUCGCCAAUACAAGCCAGCUCAACCAAGUCAUCUUCAAGGACAAAGCCGCCGCUCCUGCCGGCCGAAAGUUUAUCUCUCUAUUCCCGGGCCUGGGCUAUGCCGCUGGCUACAAAGUCCUUCAGCGAAUCUACAAGUAUGGUGGGCAACCGGUGGCGCGUGAUUAUCUAGCCAAGCACUAUGGCAGGGACUUUGACUCGGCAUUUGGCAAGAAGACUGGCAAGGCUCUCAUGCAUUCUACUGCUGGCAGUAUAGUUGGUAUUGGCGAAAUCGUUCUUCUUCCGCUCGACGUCCUGAAGAUCAAGCGCCAAACAAACCCCGAAGCCUUCAGAGGCCGUGGCGUCCUCAAGAUUGUUGCCGAUGAAGGGUUCGGUCUUUAUCGUGGCUGGGGCUGGACUGCUGCUCGAAACGCUCCUGGCUCUUUUGCGCUCUUUGGAGGCUCUGCUUUCGCCAAGGAAUACAUGUUCCAGCUCCAGGACUACAACAAGGCCACUUGGUUCCAGAAUUUCGUUGCCUCUAUUGCCGGCGCUUCUGCUUCUUUAGUAGUGUCGGCGCCGCUGGAUGUGAUCAAGACCCGGAUCCAGAACCGCAACUUUGAAAACCCCGAGAGCGGUUUCCGAAUCUUGACCAACAUGGCUCGCCAGGAGGGCCUCUCUAGUUUCUUCAAGGGCUUGGUUCCCAAGCUGCUCAUGACCGGUCCCAAGCUGGUGUUUUCCUUCUGGCUUGCCCAGACCUUGAUCCCCGCCUUCGACGCCGCCUUAUCCAAACGAUGA